CGCAUCUUUCUAUCUCUUGGUCAUUUCGUAAUUUGUCCUCUUGCAGGCAGGAGGCUCGUACCGAGGAUGUCGAACCGGCAGUCCUACAAGCUGUUGGAGAAUGGGGAGGAUCCGGAUGGCGAGGAGUUUGGACUUGCUGACAAGCCAGUCAGCGAGAAAAGGAAGAAGUUUCUGGAGUCUAUGCAAUCAUUCAAGACGCUAGUUGGAUACACGCAAGAGCGACAACAAGACCUGCAAAGGAGGACGCCAAAGUCUCUGUCCUUACUAUGGAAUUGCUGGACAUGGGUCUUCAUCGUUUCGGCAUUCCUCAUGGUGGUUGUGGCGGGGGCCUUCUUCACGGACGUGUUCGGCGAUGGCCCAAGAGAAGACGUUCUACAAUACAUUGACCCUCUCAUUGGUACUGGACCUGGUGGCCAUGUGUUCGCUGGGGCAACAUUGCCGUUCGGAAUGGCAAAGCCAGUGGCGGAUGUAGUAGGGGAGAGGAUGGGAGGCUUCGCUUCAGAUCAGACUCCAAUUACUGGCUUCUCGUCCUUACACGACUCUGGAACUGGAGGAUCGCCGUCGAUGGGCAACUUCCCGAUCUUUGUGCAGCCAUCAUGCCCGAACGUUACAGAUUGCAAGAUGUACAAGACUGUGCGAAUGACCCAUUAUGUGCCUGAGUCUGUAUCAGCAAGGCCGGGCUAUUUUACCAUAGACUUGAUCUCUGGCGUACGUGCUGAGAUGACUGCAGGCGAGAGAGCAUCUCUGUUCAGGUUCACGUUUCCCAACGCAACGAACACAUCAGAUCCCGUACUCCUCCUAGAUGGCUCAGAUCUGCCUGGGAGUAAUGGUGAAAGAAUUAUGGAAGUCGACCCAGAAACUGGCCGUAUCAGAGCGCAUGGUACCUUUAGGCCUUCGUUCGGCGUUGGAGAUUACAAGAACUACCAGUGCGUGGACUUUGGAGGAGCUGAGUUGCAAGAUACUGGUGGCUUCAACAAUACCGUCUUUCCUGGCGGGCAAGUCAUGGCUGGCAACAACCAAUUCUACGCGCCCAAACAAGGAGUUUACGUUCGCAUGAAGGAGAUGCAGCCAGGUGACGAAUUGCUAGUACGCGUUGGUCUGUCCUGGUUGAGCACUGAGCGGGCCUGCGAAAAUGCUGAGAAGGAAAUCAAGGACUGGAAAUUUGAGCGUCUGGUCAAGCAAGCAGAGGAUGCAUGGAGAGAGAAGCUGAGUCCCAUCAGACUGGAAACAACAGGCGUGGACAAAGGUCAUCUCAGAAACUACUGGAGCGGAGUUUACCGAGCCUUCCUGAGCCCGCAGGACUACACUGGCGAGAACCAGUUGUGGAACUCGACCGAACCAUACUAUGACAGCUGGUACUGCAUCUGGGAUACUUUCCGUGGCGUGCACCCCUUCUACAUGCUUGUCGAUACCAUCUCCCAAUCUCGCAUGGUACGAUCUCUGCUUGACAUUUACAAACACGCUGGAUAUCUGCCGGACUGCCGCAUGUCUUUCUGCAAAGGUUUCACACAGGGAGGAUCUAAUGCAGAUGUCAUUCUGGUGGACUCAUUCAUGAAGAAGCUGAAAGGCGUAGACUGGACACAAGCAUAUCAAGCAAUUGUGAAGGACGCCGAGGAGCAACCACUAAACUGGGACAUCGAAGGGCGUGGAGGUCUCGAAAGCUGGAAGACACGCGGAUACAUUCCCUUCCGCGACGAGGAUCAUGGCGGUACCCGCACCCGCUCCAUCUCUCGAACAGUAGAGUAUGCCUACAACGACUUCUGCCUCGCUCAAAUGGCCAACGCAACAAACCGUGGCGAAGAUUACCAGAAAUACGCCGGCCGCGCAAGCAACUGGAAAAACGUCUACAACCCGGACGAAGAGUCCAUGGGCUUCAAGGGCUUUCCCCAACCACGUUGGCCGAAUGGUACCUUCGGCUGGCAGAAUGCCACUCUCUGCUCCGCCCUCAACAAUUUCGAUGGCUGCUACCUCAAUCCCUCCGGCCACGAAACCUACGAGGGCAGUCCCUGGCUCUACCUCUUCUAUGUCCCGGGCGACAUGCAAGGCCUCAUCGACCUCUUAGGCGGAAAAGAAGCCUAUCUCGCCCGCCUCGACAAACUGCACUCAUCCGGAGUUCUAUACAUGGGUGACGAACAAGCCUUCCUCACCACUUUCCUCUACCACUACGCCGGCCGUCCAGCCCUCUCCGCUAAGAUCACACACCACUACAUCCCCUCCAUGUUCAACGAUACGAUCGAAGGUAUCCCCGGAAAUGACGACAGUGGGGCAAUGGGAACAUUUGUCUUCUUCUCCAUGCUCGGUAUCUUCCCCUCCGCAGGACAGUCUGUAUACUUCAUCAUUCCGCCCUUCUUCCCAAGCGUGAGUAUCAAGAACCCGCAAACUGGCAAAACGGCCACGAUUCGGAAUGUGAAUUUCGAUCCUACGUAUAAGAAGAUUUUCAUUCAGAGUGCGAAAUUGAAUGGAAAGAAGUAUACCAAGAAUUGGCUUGAUCAUAUGUUCUUCUUGGAGGGUGGGACGUUGGAUUUGGUGUUGGGAGAGACGGAGAGUGAGUGGGGGACAAGACAAGAGGAUGUACCGCCAAGUUUGUCGACGGGGUUGUAUUUUGGAUGAGAAGAUAUUCGACGAAGUUUGAUGUGAUGUGUUGGUGGCUUGUAGAUGAUUGGAAUACAGUACGAGUAAUGCGAGAGUGUUAUGUAAAUCUCAUAAUUUGAA